GGGGAGAUUGCUGAGCUGAGAAGAAGGACGAAGAGGAAGGAAGAAGAAGAGCCAUUGCUGACGAGACGAGAGAGAGAGAGAGCGCUUAAACUCGAGCAUGGAGGAGCAAGAGUUCAGACGCCUCCUCGAUCUCUUCCCUAUUGUCCGAUCCCGCGAUUGCGUAAUUGAUGAAGACUCUUCGACACGGUUAGCCCCGCAGUCAUCACGGGAUGAGGAGGUGAGAGAAUGGCAAGAUGCUUGGGGUGACGGGGAAAGAAAGGAAUUGGAUGGUCAAGGAUCCCACCAACCCGCUGCAUUUUGGGAGAAGCUUAAGUUGUCUGCUCAGAAGAAGGUGGGCAAGACAGAAGCUGAUCGAAUCUGCAGCGCUUUCAGACAACUCCACCAGAAAUUGGUCUUUGAAGAACUGAGCUUGAAUGCUGCCCAGAACUUUGUAAAGUCAAUAAGUUCCAAGCAAUAGUUUCUUGUAGUGUGUCGCACUUUUCGGUGGUCUAUGAUCACACUCUGGUGGGUUGGAGGACGAUUUGUUCUUCCUCUUUAUUGGCGGGUCUAGUCUAAGCCAGAGCCAAAUUCGUGUUCGAUGCAGCAGUCCUGGUCCGUUUUGAUGUAAUCUGCUGCACUAUUUCUAUAUUAAAAUAUCUUCCUUUCAUGGUACUGCCACUGUUA